ACGCGGAAGCCAUGGGCGAGAGUCAGUGAGUGGGGGUAGGGCAGUGAGCAUGGCUCCGGGACGAUGCUGGCCUGGGAGCCAAAAGUUCGGCGACCUCGAACGGCCAAACUUCGCGUCGAUAGAAUUCACAACGCAGGCAGAUUGAAAGCGCUCACGAAGAUGACGGUAGCACAUCAGGUCAUCCUGCACCCUUUCGUCUCGUCAACGCUCAAGGUCUGGUCAACAACAGUCGGCCGCGACAAGACUUACCGAACGAUCCAAUACUUCUCGCGGUUCUUGGCAUGGUACUGCUUCCGAAUGGGCUACACUCGCCCUACUAUCGAGCGCUUCCAGAACCUCAAGAGCGCACUCGGUCUAAGCCGGAAGCUCAUGAGAAUUGGCAAGCCGCUCGAGCAUCUGCAGUCGGCCAUCAAAGCAGUCGACCAACGUGAUCCUGUUUUGCGCGUCACCGCCAUUGGACGACAGCUCGGCUAUGCCGCUUACCUCGUCCACGACACACUCGCUUGGGUCCAUGGCGCCAAGGUCAAGGUGUUCGACAAGGACACGAUCAGCCGCAUCAAUAGAAACGCUGCACGUUUCUGGUUCUUCGGUCUAGCCUGCUCGCUCUUGUCGGGCGCUUACAAGAUGCGCGAUCUGCGCGUCAAGGAGAUCAAGGCGCGCAAACCUCGCCCUUCGCCCGAGAAGGAGAGCGAGCGCAAGAACGAGCUCCGUUCGAUUGCUGCACAGCGUUUUGCAGUCCAGUACCAGCUCGUACAGGACUCGCUCGACAUCCUCUUGCCAUCUGCCAGCCUCAAUUGGCUCGUCCUCAACGAUGGCCAGCUCGGCCUGGCCGGCUUUGUUACUUCCAUCAUGGGACUCCGAACGCAGACCCAGAAGGUUUUGGGCGCAAGCAAAUGAUUGUCUGAGUCUGUGUCCCACUUGCCAAUGCAUCACAUCUUACAUCGUCAUCAAUCGUCUUUUACAGCGCAAGGUUGUAUUCGUACUCGCUGUCUGCGUUCUGAGCUACCCACAGUAUGCUCGCACUGCUUGCAGGGUUAGGAAGAUGACUUGUCACAGAGAUUGGUGUCCUGCUCACCUGAGCAUGAUGCAGACGUUUUGGACGACAUUUGCUAUUCCCCAAUAAGUCGUGAAGCCGUACUCUGCGCUGUAAUCUGGUAUGAUGUACUUGAUCACCAAGAAUGCCUGUCAGCAGAUCUCACGCUCAGCUCAUGAAGGGGCGAGCAGGUCGUCAGCUUGACGAACGAUUGAACCAGCCAGGCCGGCGGCCAUCAUGGCAAACCCGAUGAACAGGAAUAGCCUCGCUUUCCAUGCCACGCCGCCGAGCAUGCC